AUGAGCCUACCCCCCCCCCCUUCCCCCCGCUACGGCCAUCCGACUACUUGGCCCAACGAUGUGGAUGCCGACUGCAAUGACAAACCGAUAAGUGCGGCGAAAUCGUCCACGGCACCGUCGGGCCGUCAACCGCGCCGGGUCGACCCGCCGGCUCCGAGACCUGGCCCUGUGGACGAAGAGGCGCCUGGGGCUCCCGAGGUCGAUGACGAGGGCUUCCGGACUCAGCGGAGAAGACGUCGUCGAGCUCCUCGGAACCCGGACAACCGCGGCAGAGCUUCCGGCCCGAGGCCCCGAACACCCACCCCUCCUGUGGAGCGGCCCGCCACCCCGGCUGAGACCCCGAACCCUCGAGUGAGGCGAACUCCCCGCCCUCGCCUGGAAGUCCCUCCUCGUCAGCCCAGCGGCCCUGCCCGGCAGCCCAGCAGCCCAGCCCCGCAGCCCAGCAGCCCAGCCCCGAGCCCAGCAGCCCUGCCCGGCAGCCCAGCCCCUCUGCCCAGCCCAUCGAGCCGGCCUCAACCCCGGCUCAGUCGUCCAAGAGCCCGUCGCAGCAGUCUGAGCUGGCUCAACUCAUCUCCACGCUGA